CAAGAGAUUUCAUUAUCGGUCAAACUUAAAUAAUGACGUUGGGCAAUUCAUUUUGAAAAUUUGUUUGUCGCAUUCCUCCCGAAGCAAAUAAUCUUGAUCGACAAGCAGCUCCACCAAGGCGAUUGGAAUUCUGAUCUCUGCAAUCUCCAAAGGAGCGAAUGCAUCAAAUUCAGAUGUCUACGACGAGUAACAGGAGAAUUUUUUCGCAAAUACAAAUCAAAUCAAUACAUGGAAUAGUUUCAAUCUUUAAAAGAAAGGGCAAAACAGCUAAGCUGAAUUGAAUAUUGUUCUAUUCUCAAAACACAACUACUUCGAAUCCAGACAAUGUCAGACGACGCAGGGCACGAUGUGGAGAGCUUCUGGAAAAAUCCGGUGAGUAAAGAGAGAAUAUUUUUCAUUGACUCAGUGGAUUCAGAAGAAUUUCGUCUCUUUUGUUGGGCGAUGGAACGAGCCUUUAUUGUUGGAAUGGACAGCGAGUGGAAGGCAUCCUUUCUUUCGAAGUCAAGCAGGACGCCUAGAGUCUCUAUUUUCCAAAUUGCUUGUCGAAUAUAUGAUUAUGAUGAGCACAUUUCAGAAGCCGAUGGUCAGAGUAAAGAGGUUAGGGUUUCAGUGGAAGAGCGCUUUGAUGGGUUUACUGAGGGCUUUGAUGUCUCGAGAGAUGUGCAAAAUUUCGUGCCAACAAUUGAAGAGGCCAAAUGGAGAAGAAAGUUGUUCGGAGAAUUCGGCAAUGGCGACGAUCGCAGAGUACAGGAAUUGAUUUUUUUGUUGGACUUGCUGGUGCUCCCACUUUCGUCAUUUGGGAAGACGUUAAGAUCUGUUCUUAUUUCAGUGGACACACUCAAGUUGGGUUUCAAGUUUAAACAAGAUUUGAUGUAUUUGGCUGGGACUUUCUCCUCAGAAGAGGCUUAUUCUUUCUUUUCCAUGGUAGAUCCUUAUAUAGAUAUUGGGAAAAUUUACAAUUAUUUACAAAAUCAUGAUUUGUGGUCACUAAACAAAGGGAGGAAUAAAAUGCUGAUUCAACAAAGCAAAGGCUUAUCGUCAAUAUGUGAGGAAGUGCUUGGUUUCAAACUUUCAAAGGAUCUUCAAUGCAGUGAUUGGGAGAAAAGGCCUCUAAUGGAUGAACAAAUAGCAUAUGCUGCUGCAGAUGCAUAUUGCCUAAUUAGGAUUUUCGAUGUUGUACAUCAAAAGCUUCUUGAUUUGGACCAAGGAGGUACAGCUCAAGAUGAGAUCACUGAUUCAAGCGUCUCCACUACAAUUAUUGGAUUAAGAGAAUUACUUUCCUUUCCAUGCCAUAAUGGAAAUAAACAUAUUUUGAGAGCAAAGUUUGGACUUGCAGCUGAUAUAGUUAAGGAAACUAUGAAAGGAUCCUUAUCAAUGGCUUCACUUUCUUAUUUGAAUUAUAAAAGAAUAAAGAUCAUUCCUUUCUAUAAGCCCAUUUCAAAAAUUGCACAAAUUAUUGGGGAAAGAAUAUUGUUGAGUGAAUGUGAGAGCAAAGCAAGAUUCAGUACCCGGAAGAGGAGAAGUCGGAGAUUUCGAACAAGUGAGAGUACCAAUGCAGAAACAAUAGAGAGAUAUAGUGAAUGGAAAGGACCUCCACCAUGGGACCCAGCACUUGGUGGUGAUGGAAUUCCUAGAUUUCUUUGUGAUGUUAUGGUUGAAGGUCUGGCAAAGCAACUUCGCUGUGUUGGUAUUGAUGCUGCCACUCCAUCUUUCAAGAAGGCUGAUCCAAGGCAACUGCUAGAGCAAGCGCACACAGAGAAAAGGGUGCUCUUGACCCGUGACACUAAACUUUUGAGACGUAAUCUUAUACCCAAUAACCAAGCAUAUAGAGUGAAGAAUCUUGCCAAGCAAGAACAGCUACUUGAGGUCAUUGAAAUAUUCAAUCUGCAAAUAACUGAGUACCAACUUAUGUCUAGAUGUAUCAAAUGCAAUGGAAAGUUCAUUGAAAAGUCACUCACAAGAAAUGAAGCUAUAGAAGCUGCCACAUCUGAACAAGUGAUUCCAGAGUGUUUGAUAGAUCUUGAUUUAGAGUUUUGGCAAUGUGCAGACUGCCAACAAAUAUAUUGGGAGGGCACUCAAUACCACAAUGCGAUUCAGCAAUUCUCUAAUAUUUGCAAAGUUAAUGAUUGAAUUAUGAUAUUGAAUGUUAACUCAAUCUUCUCUUACAAAGACUUGGGAAACCUAUCAAUAUGCAAUUUAUUUGUAAGUGCAACUACAUUUCUCCAAGAGAAUGAUUGAAGUGAGCCCUACAUUUUGUUGGUCAUAAAUUAAGCAAGGAAACUUAACCCAUUAAUCCAAGGGCAACAGUCAAACCUUGUAUUAGCUCCUCCAUGCAUGGUGUAGGCAUAUUUUGAAGGAAUUUAAAAUGCCAUGUGUUUUGUGAUGGUAUCUGGAUCAUCUAAACUACGGAUUUUUUUCUACUUUUAGUUUUGCAACCUUCAUUUCAUCAUCUUUGUGCUGAACAUGAUCCCUGAAUAUGUAGGCAAGGUCAUGCUGAAGGUUUACUGGUUUAACAGACAUACAAUAGGCAGUUUCUUGCAUUUAACUGUCAAAAUUAUUGGAGGACAAUACUGAAUUCAUGCUAUAAUAGGGUUUCUGCUUUUGGAGUAGCAAGAUUUUGAAAACUUAAGCUGUGCGGUUGAAAGCUUAAAUGAUAAUUAUGUAUUAAUGAUUUUUUUGGUUGUUUGA